GAGAAACGACCCACGGCCCCAGGAGGCCACGACCUCUCCUUCCACCGCAAGCCCCCGCCUUGAGAGAACCGCGCGCCGCUCCACCCGACAACCACCAUCCAGCCUCCCUCCCACCAAGGAAACCAAAACCGCGCCGCCGCUCGCGCGCGCACCCCCGCCGCAUCCUCUCCCCUCCCCCGUCUUGCCAGUGACGCGAAGACCCUAGGGCCCCCACGCGAGGGCGGACGAAGCCAGGGCGCGCGUCCCCCUCUAAAACCCUAGAGGUAGAGGGGCGCCGCCUCCAUCGGUUGAGCCAAGAACCGACGAGUCUCGGAUCUCUUCGCGCUCCGGGGCCCGGAAAGAUCCGGGUUUUUCUCCCUCAUUGGAGAUGUCGUCGGAUAUCAGGAAAUGGUUCAUGAAGCCGUGCGACAAGAAUGCUGGUGCGGCCAAGCCCUCCGGCGCGUCUGCGGGUGCGACUGGGGCGAAGAAGCCUGUGCUCAGCAUUCCGGAGAAGGCGGCGCCAUCUAAGGUGCCUGGUGAUAAAGAUACUUCAGCUAGAAGGAAGGCAAGCAAGUACUUCGCACCCAAAACAGAAACAGAUUCAGAUGUUACUGAGACCAGUUUGUCUAAAAGGAAACUUCAGAAAAGCAGCGAUGAACUCGAUGAUGAUGUCAAGCCUUUGGCAGCGCACAAAGUUCUUGAGGAUGAAGACGAUGAUGACUUUGUGUCACCUUCGAAAAAGAAAACUCCUGUUAAGCCGCCACCAUCAAAGAAGUUGAAGGCUGCAUCUAAUGAUGAUGAUGAGGACAGGAUGGAUGAAGAUGCCAAGACCCCUUCCAAAGCAGCUGGAAGGGGAAGAGGGAGGGGAAGGGGAAGGGGAGGAAGAGGAGCAGGAGCAGGAGCAGCUCAUGGAAAGGCUAGUACUGAUGAUGAUGAUGGUGAGGACAUGAUGGAUGAAGAUGCUAAGACCCCUUCUAAAGCAGCUGGAAGGGGAAGGGGCAGGGGAAGGGGAGGAAGAGGAACAGCUCAUGGGAAGACUUCUAGUCUUGAUGAUGAUGGCGAGGAGGACAGGAUGGAUGAAGAUGACAAGACCACUUCCAAAGCAGCUGGAAGGGGAAGGGGUGGAAGAGGAGGAGCUACUCCUGGUGGAAGAGGAAGAGGAGGGGGUGGGAGAGGUUUCAUGAAUUUUGGUGAAAGGAAGGACCCUCCUCACAAAGGGGAGAAGGAGGUCCCAGAGGGUGCCCCUGACUGUUUAGCUGGUCUGACAUUUGUCAUAAGUGGCACUCUUGACAGUCUUGAACGUGAGGAAGCGGGGGAUCUGAUAAAGCGUCAUGGGGGCCGUGUUACUGGCUCUAUUAGUAAAAAGACGAGUUACUUAUUGGCUGAUGAAGACGUUGGUGGAGUGAAAUCUACCAAAGCAAAAGAUCUUGGUGUCCCGUUCUUGACUGAAGAUGGUUUGUUUGAUAUGAUCCGGAAAUCCAAGCCUGCAAAGCCUCCUGUAAACAAACAUGAAAUGAACAAAAUUUCAGAAAAGCUACAAAAAUCACCAUCCAAGAGCUCCCCAGUUAAAGUUGAAAGAAGAGCUGUUGAUCAAGUCAGUACCAUCAACAAAAGUAUUGCUUCAAAGAGUAAUAAAGAAAGUGCCUCUACAGACUACCAAAAGGCCAAGAUUGUUGACCGUGGUGCUUUACAAUGGACCGAAAAAUAUCGACCUAAAGUUCCAAACGACAUAGUUGGCAACCAAUCAAUGGUUAAACAACUUCAUGAUUGGUUGAAAAGUUGGGAGGGGCAAUUCCUUCAUUCUGCCCAAAAGGGUAAAGGAAAGAAACAGAUUGAUGGUGGAGCUAAAAAGGCUGUAUUACUGAGUGGACCUCCAGGAAUUGGUAAGACUACAACUGCGAAGGUUGUCAGUCAGAUGCUUGGAUUGCAGGCCAUUGAGGUUAAUGCAAGUGAUAGCCGUGGUAAAGCAGACUCCAAGAUCGAGAAAGGUGUUGGGGGGAGCACAUCAAAUUCUAUCAAAGUGCUUAUCAGCAAUGCUACUCUGAAUUAUAGUGACAACCGGACAAAGCCGCCUAAGGCUGUACUCGUCAUGGACGAAGUUGAUGGUAUGUCUGCUGGUGAUAGAGGUGGAGUUGCUGAUCUUAUUGCGAGCAUCAAGAUAUCCAAGAUUCCUAUAGUUUGCAUUUGUAAUGACCGUUAUAGCCAGAAACUGAAGAGCCUUGUAAAUUACUGCUUGCUGCUCAACUUCAGAAAACCAACAAAGCAGCAGAUGGGUAAGAGGUUGAUGGACAUUGCCAGAAAAGAAGGUAUCCAAGCUCAAGAGAAUGCAAUGGAAGAGCUUGCAGAAAGAGUACAUGGUGAUAUUCGCAUGGCACUAAACCAUUUGCAAUACAUGAGCCUCUCCCAGUCUGUGGUCAAAUAUGAUGAUAUAAGAUUGCGUCUUAAUAGUAGUGCAAAAGAUGAGGAUAUCUCUCCCUUCACGGCUGUGGACAAGCUGUUUGGUUUCAAUGGUGGGAGAUUACGGAUGGAUGAGCGAAUUGAUUUGAGCAUGAGCGAUCCUGAUUUAGUUCCCCUGAUUAUCCAGGAAAAUUAUAUCAAUUAUCGGCCAAGUGCUGUUGGGAAGGAUGACAGUGGAGUCAAAAGAAUGAAUUGUCUUGCCCGUGCUGCUGAGUCCAUUGCAGAUGGUGAUAUUGUUAAUGUACAAAUAAGAAGAUAUCGACAGUGGCAGCUGUCCCAAGCUGCUUGUUUGGCUUCAUCUAUAGUACCUGCUGCUUUGAUGCAUGGUAAUAGAGAAACUUUUGAAGCGGGUGAACGGAACUUUAAUAGGUUUGGUGGAUGGUUGGGCAAGUACUCAACUACUAACAAGAACAAAAGGCUACUGGAAGAUGUCCACAGUCAUAUUCUUGCAUCACAGCAAGCAAAUGUGGACAGGGAGGCGUUGAGGCUUGAUUAUCUCACUCUUCUCUUGAGACAAUUGGCUGACCCACUGAAGACAAUGCCUAAGGAUGAAGCUGUCCAAAAAGUGGUGGAGUUUAUGGAUACCUACUCCCUAAGCCAAGAAGAUUUUGACACCCUUGUUGAAUUAUCCAAAUUUAAGGGUCAUCCAAAUCCUAUGGAUGGUAUUCAAGCAGCUGUUAAAAGUGCCUUGACAAAGGCAUACAAACAAGGAAGUAGUUCUCGUGUUGUUCGAUCAGCUGAUCUAAUAAAUAUCCCAGGCAUGAGAAAACCUUUAAAGAAACGAGUGGCAGCAAUCCUGGAGCCAGUGGAUGAGAGUGUGCCUGAAGAAAAUGGAGGAGCAGCUGAGGGUGAUGAGGAGGAUUCUUCUGAUGCUGAAAAUGAUGAUGAACUUGUGGCUGGUGACUCGAAGCCGAAACUGGACCUGCAGAGUGAUAAGAAGAAAGGAAUUCAAGUGCAGCUUGAAUUGAAGAACAACGGCAAUGGCUUGGGCGCAAAGAAGGCGCCAGCGAAAGCAAGAGCUUCUGGGUCUGGAGGGAAGGCUGCUGCAGGCUCAGGUGGAAAGAGGAAGAGGUAACCGACUGCCGCAACUUAGUCAGCGGCAUGGAGACUGCCGCAACUUAGUCAGCGGCACGGCGGGGUCGGAAUGGACACUUCAGAAUGUUGGAGCAGAUUGAGGCUCAAAGUUUUGCAUGUACAUAUCUUUGUAGGCAAUAGGCAACGGUGUAUCUGCUCCAUGUGUGUCCAAGUUUUGUUACCUCGGCCUGUAUGCAUGAUUGGCAUUUAGAGCAGUGAGAUUACCAACUUGAUUUGCUGUACGUGUGCUCAUUUCUUCCGAUAGCUAGCGUUUGUCUAAAAUAGUUCUCCAUCUAUUGGCAUUCUCUAGUGUAUGGUCCAAUUUUGUUUUAAAUUUUUUGAAUUGCUUA